AUGGCUUUUCCAGAUGAUAUUCCAACCUCUAAGAUAACACCACCGCAGUUCGCUUCAUUGAACAACGAUGACUUCAAAAGAGAAGGAACUUCUCAUUCCAAUGCAUUGAUAUGCCCUCCUUCUGAUGCAUUGAUAUGCCCUCCUCCAAGGAUGACCCUUCCUCAAUCAAACAGAUCAGACCACAUUUUCUACAAAACACGGAUUUGUACUAAGUUCAUAUUUGGUGCUUGUAGAAACGGAACAAAUUGCAACUUUGCUCAUGGGGCUGAAGAGAUAAGGCAACCACCUCCAAAUUCGCAGAAGCUAGUUGGUCCGUGCAACGAAGAUAAAAAAAUCAUAAACAAGAUGAAACUGUGCAAGAAGUAUUGCAAUGGGGAGAAAUGUCCCUAUGGAGAUAAGUGUAAAUUCCUUCAUGAAGAUCCUGCACAAUUUAGGGGCACUUAUCGGAAGACUAAGCUGUGUCUCAAGUGGAAGGAUACGGGAUAUUGUUCCUUUGGAAAGAAUUGUCACUUUGCUCAUGGUGAAGAAGAGUUACAAGUUCCUGGCGGAGCCAUUGAAGCUGAAGCUGCAGUUGCCAUUGAAGCUGAUGCUGCAAUUACCAUAGCAAAGGAAGAGGAGCAGGCAAAGAAGAAACGUAUACUUGGGUUGAAAUUCAGCCAGAUCAAUCGUAUUUACGGUGAUUGGAUUGACGGUUGA